AUGGAGUUCACAAGAUGUAGGUUUAUGCUGAUCAUAAGCUACUUGCCCUUGGGGCUUGACCACUGUUCGAGAGUAUGGCAAUUCGAAGGCAAUGCUUUGGUGCCAAACGGCACCUCUGGUGCAACAAUAGUGCAGAUUCAUGAUGCAGCACAAGGAAAUACGACUAUGCUUUUGAGGAUCUACAAUGGAGAGAUGAGGCACUGCAGUUAUGAACUCGUGGAUGCAACAAACCUCUAUGAUAAAUGUUUUAGGGUUAAUUUAAUCCACAACGUUGAUGGAGGAAUGGUUAGAGUUUUUGUCGAUGGUGUACAAAAGUUUGAGAUUCAUGAUCAUGGGCCUGAAGACUUUCAUUUCAAAUGUGGGGUUUAUGGUGCUCCUUCAGAUAUAAGCUACUAUAUGGAGUCUAGGUGGAAAUACAUUAAAAUGUACAAAAAGUGA